CUUUAAAAAGUUUCAGGAGAAAAACACACAGUGAGUAUUUAAAUCUCAAGCUGUAAUUUAUUAACACACUACGACUAGAUGCAGAAGAGUUUAUUUAUUAUUCUUUCCUGAAGUUUUAAUCUACACAGAGGGUUUUAGGACUUGAUCCUGUGACUAUUUCCUGUAAGUGAACUCUGUGCUGAUACAGGGGUUUGAUUUAACACACCGAUGUUGGAGUGAAGUAAACGUGUGUCCUGUUGUAAUCUGGAGAAGGAGACAUGACCUCCAACAUGAGUGUGUCUGGAAAACAGGACUUAAAGAAAGACGAGAGAAUGAUGGAGGGAAAGAGAUCAGACUCACCAGAACCCAGCUGUGUGUCCAUGAAGAGUGACAGGUCAAUGGGACCUCCACUACUCUUCAGAGACAGAGACAGUUCUCCUGAUGUGAGACCAGAAAAGAGGAAAUCAAACGUCAGCAGAAAUCAGUUAGAGUCCAUAUUCAAGGAGCUGGAACACAAAGUCAUCACUCUGAUAAAGAAUGAGCUGAAGAGGUUUAGGAAGCUCCUGAGUCCAGAUUACCCAGCAUGCACUGAGAGGGAGGUGGAGGAUGAGGAGGAUCUGCACAGUGUCAGAGAGGGAGCGCUGAAGAUCACACUGCACGUCCUGAAGAACAUGAAGCACACAGAUCUCGCCAACACACUGCAGAACCACUUUGUGUACUCUGUGUAUCAGCAAAUGUUCAAAUCCAGCCUGAGAGAGAAGUUUAAAAGAGUUAAUGAAGGAAUCUCACAGCAUGGAAGUUCAGCACUUCUGAAUGAGAUCUACACAGAGCUCUACAUCACAGAGGGUUGGAGUGGAGGUGUCAAUAAUGAACAUGAGAUGAAACAGAUUGAGACCCCGUCCAAAAGACCAGCAACACAGGAGACACCCAUCAAAUGUAAUGAUCUCUUUAAAGACAAGUCUAUCAGGAAUGUGCUGACUAAAGGAGUUGCUGGAAUUGGAAAAACAGUCUCUGUGCAGAAGUUCAUUCUGGACUGGGCUGAAGAAAAAGCAAAUCAGGACGUCACCUUCAUGUUCCCACUUCCAUUUAGAGAGCUGAAUGUGAUGAAGGAGAAACAUCUCAGUCUGAUGAAUUUUCUUCAUCAUUUUUUCCCAGAAAUAAGAAAACUAGAAUUAAUAAACUGUAACUCCUACAAGGUCCUGUUAAUCUUUGAUGGUCUGGAUGAGUGUCGACUUCCUCUAAAUUUCCAUAAGAAUAAGAGUGUGUGUAAUGUGACAGAGUCAGCCUCAGUGGAUGUGCUACUGACAAACCUCAUCAAGGGGAACCUGCUUCCCUCUGCUCUCCUCUGGAUCACCUCUCGACCAGGAGCAGCCAAUCAGAUCCCUCCUGAGUGUGUAGACCAGGUAACAGAGGUACGAGGGUUCAGUGAUCCUCAGAAAGACGAGUAUUUCAAGAAGAGGAUCAGUGAUCAAAGACUGGCUAAUAAAAUCAUCUCACACAUGAAGUCUUCAAGAAGCCUCUACAUCAUGUGCCAAAUCCCAGUCUUCUGCUGGAUCUCAGCCACUGUUCUAGAGAGAAUGUUGGGUGAAGCAGAGAGUGGAGAGAUCCCCAAGACUCCGACUCAAAUGUUCACACACUUCCUGAUCUUUCAAAUCAAACACAAGGACCAAAAGUACCAUCUGAAAUGUGACCCUGAUCCUCAACAGACCAGAGAGAGUAUCCUGGCACUGGGAAAACUGGCUUUCCAACAACUGGAGAAAGGAAACCUGAUCUUCUAUGAGGAAGACCUGAGAGAGUGUGGCAUUGAUGUCAGAGAAGGUGCAGUGUACUCAGGAGUGUGUACCCAAAUCUUCAGAGAGGAGUUUGGGCUUCAUCUGGGGAAGGUCUUCAGCUUUGUACAUCUGAGUGUUCAGGAGUUUCUGGCUGCUUUAUACAUAUUUUUGUCCUUUAUCAUUAAAAAGAGAAAUGUGUUAGUGGGGCAAAAUCCUAGCGUUUUAAAUUUCUUCAGAAAUCCAACCAUGUCUGAUGUCCUCAGGGGUUCAGUGAACAAGGCCCUACAGAGUGAGAAUGGACACCUAGACCUGUUCCUCCGCUUUCUCCUGGGUCUCUCACUGGAGUCCAAUCAGACUCUCUUACGAGGUUUAAUGCCACAGACAGGAAGCAGCUCUCACAGCAAAAAGGAAACAGUCGAGUACAUCAAGGAGAAGAUCAGGGAGAAUCCAUCUCCAGAGAAAUCCCUCAAUCUGUUCCACUGUCUGAAUGAACUGAAUGAUCAGUCUUUAGUGCAGGAAGUACAAACUUACCUGAACAGAGGAGAUUACAGUCGUCUCAGGGGAACCAGACUCUCUCCUGCUCACUGGUCAGCUCUGGUGUUUGUGUUACUGAACUCAGAACAGGAGCUGGAUGUGUUUAAUUUGAGUAAAUACGACCCAUCAGAGGAAUGUCUUCUGAGGCUGCUGCCAGUGGUCAAAGCCUCCAGAAAAGCUGAUCUGCGUGUGUGUUAUCUGACAGAUGAGAGCUGUAGAGUUCUGUCCUCAGUUCUCAGCUCAAACUCCUCCAGUCUGAGAGAACUGGACCUGAGUCACAAUAAACUGCAGGAUUCAGGAGUGAAGCUGCUCUCUGCUGGACUGGAGAAUCCACGCUGUACACUGGAGAUACUGAGCCUGUAUAAGUGUAAUCUGACAGAUGAGAGCUGUAGAAUCCUGUCCUCAGUUCUCAGCUCAAACUCCUCCAGUCUGAGAAAACUGGACCUGAGUGACAAUAACCUGAAGGAUUCAGGAGUGAAGCUGCUCUCUUCUGGACUGGAGAGUCCACACUGUACACUGGAGAAACUGAGUCUGCGUGGGUGUUCUCUGACAGAUGAGAGCUGUAGAGUUCUGUCCUCAGUUCUCAGCUCAAACUCCUCCAGUCUGAGAGAACUGGACCUGAGUCACAAUAAACUGCAGGAUUCAGGAGUGAAGCUGCUCUCUGCUGGACUGGAGAAUCCACACUGUACACUGGAAAUACUGAGUCUGUGUAAGUGUAAUCUGACAGAUGAGAGCUGUAGAGGUGUGUCCUUAGUUCUCAGCUCAAACUCCUCCAGUCUGAGAGAACUGGACCUGAGUCACAAUAAACUGCAGGAUUCAGGAGUGAAGCUGCUCUCUGCUGGACUGGAGAAUCCACACUGUACACUGGAGAUACUGAGUCUGUGGGAGUGUAAUCUGACAGAUGAGAGCUGUAGAGUUCUGUCCUCAGUUCUCAGCUCAAACUCCUCCAGUCUGAGAGAACUGGAUCUGAGUGGCAAUAAACUGAAGAAUUUAGGAGUGAAGCUGCUCUCUGCUGGACUGGAGAAUCCACACUGUACACUCGAGAUACUGAGGCUGUGUGGGUGUAAUCUGACAUGUAAAAGCUGUAGAGUUCUGUCCUUAGUUCUCAGCUCAAACUCCUCCAGUCUGAGAGAACUGGACCUGAGUAACAAUAAACUGCAGGAUUCAGGAGUAAAUCUACUCUCUGCUGGACUGGAGAAUCUACACUGUACACUGGUGAAACUGAGGAUGAUUGACUGCAGUAUUACAGGUGAAGGUUGUGCUGCUCUGACUUUAGCUCUGAUAUCAAACCCCUCAUCACACCUGAGAGAGCUGAAUCUGAACGGUAAUAAUCCAGGAGAAUCAGGAGUGAAGCUGCUCUCUGAUCUACUGAAGGAUCCACACUGUAAACUGGAGACACUACAUAUUAAAUAUCAUAAACUCAGCAGGAGUGGUGUGUGACAGGAGUCUCAGCUCAGACCUCUUUUCCAGGAUAAAGCAGUUUUGGUGAAGCGUUAGAACCCGUCCCACAUGUCCAGCAGUUUGGGAGCUGAAUCAUUCAUAUUCAUAUGUAGAAGCUCCAUAACAAUAACCGUGACUGAUCACAUCCUUUUAUCCUCUCAGCUACAAGUUACUUCAGGCUUAAAUAACAUAUUUUACACUCCAAAGUCAAAUCCUUCAGCGUCUACACACAACAAAGAGACCUCAUUAUCACUUCAUCACACUGAUUACACAAAUACACAUCCAUGUGUUGGAGAUGUUUAUAGAUUAUUUUACCUCCAUAUUUUUAUCUCUUUAUUUAGAGUGUUUCUGCUCAACAUGGCUUCAUUCAGUUUAUUGUGACAUGAUUUGGAAAUAUUUUUCUUACAAUAUAUUAAGUC